AUGACAACGAAAGUGAUUUUUAAUGGACAAACUGAUAAUUUUUUGAAUGAUCAAAACGACAUAGAGGAUGAACCUUCAAUUCAAUAUUCUACUGUUAAAUUAGACUCACAACAACAACUAUUUCCAUCAUUUAAAAUCAUUGUAAAAUCAAAUAUAACAAUCAAUUGUAAACUCCAAACUUGGAAUGAGAAAAAUGAUUGUUCUGCGAAUUUUGAAUUCUUUGACUAUAAACACAAUGAAUAUUACAAAUUUACUCCUACUGAAGAUAUGAUUGAUGAUGGUCCUGACAAGUAUUAUCGUUAUUUGUUCCUUUAUUGGGAUAAUACUUCUAACCUUACUUUAAUUGAAUUUGGUGGAGAAUUAGAUGAUAUCAGAAAUAAUUAUCCAGAUCAAAUUAAUCUCCAAAAUUACAUAGGUUAUCUCAAUAGUAAUUAUAUGCCUAUUCAAGAAAACUUAAAUGGUUUUGAUAUUAAAUGGACUAGAAGGAAUUACUUGAUUCGUGAUUGGACAAAUUAUUUAGGUUUUCCUAAUCAUUAUGUUUCACUUCGUAUUGCAGAACCAAUAUUAUCAACAUAUACAACAAGUUAUAAAAAUCAGACUACAAUAGCUAUUUCACCACAUGGUUAUGUAGAUGAAUAUUUUGAAACUGUUGAAACGGAAAAAAGAUUUGAAACUGUCUUGAGCAAUAUUGGUUCACUUGGAGGUGCAAUUAGUUUGCUAUUAGGAGUUUAUGCUAUUUUAUUUGGUGGAUCACUCCUGAGCCCAUGGGGAAUCUUUCAAAACUAUUGCUGCAAGUAUAAACCAAGAUCAAAAAGAAAGCUUUUAAAUAAUUUACCAGUGAUUCCUUUGACUGAAAAAAACCCAUUACAAUAUGAAAAUUCUGAAGAUCCAAAUAUUAUCUCUAUUAUCACAAGAUUUAAUUCUUUGGAAACCAUUUUAAGAGAGUAUGUUAUAAACUCGGAUUUCCUUGAUGAAUUGGUGGAGACUAAAAAUAAUAAGAUUGUUAUUGAUGAGAGUAAUAAACCUCUUGUAUAA